AUGGAACAGAAACAUGUUUUUUUGUCAGCAUUGAGUGUUGGUGUUGGAUUAGGUGUUGGACUUGGAUUGAGUUCUGGACAAACUGUUCAGAAAUGGGUUGGUGGGAAUCGUGAUUUUGGGGAGGUUUCUGGGGAUCAAAUUGUUGAAGAACUUAAGAGACUUUUGGUUGAUGGAAAAGAUAGCAAAGUUACAUUUGAUGAGUUUCCUUAUUACUUAAGCGAAAGGACUCGGGUUUUGUUGACGAGCGCUGCAUACGUUCAUUUAAAACAUCUUAACUUUUCCAAGCAUACAAGGAACCUCUCACCAGCAAGCCGGGCUAUUUUACUCUCUGGUCCAGCAGAACUUUAUCAGCAAAUGCUUGCAAAAGCUUUAGCACAUUACUUCGAAUCGAAAUUGCUAUUGUUAGAUGUAACCGAUUUCUCCGUGAAGUUGCAGAGCAGAUUUGGAUAUCCGAGAAAAGAACCAUGUCACAGAAGGUCGAUAUCCGAGAUGACUUUGGAGCGAAUGUCUGGUUUAUUUGGUUCCUUUUCAACGCUGCCUUCGACCGGUGAAACUAGAGGUACUCUGCGUCAACAAAGCAGUGAAAGUUUGAAUAAUCUUCCAAGGCUUAGGAGAAAUGCCUCUGCCACGGCUGAUCUCAGUAGCACUUCUUCCCAAAGUGGUUCAUUAAAUCCAGCACCUUUACGACGCACUAGUAGCUUGUGUUUUGACGAAAGGCUCUUUGUGCAAUCACUUUACAAGGUUUUGGUUUCUAUCUCGGGAACCGAUUCCGUAAUUUUAUACAUAAGGGAUGUUGAGAAGCUUCUUCUAAAAUCACCGAGGUUAUAUAAUUUACUACAAAAAAUGAUACAGAAAAUAUCAGGCUCGGUGUUGAUACUCGGUUCCCAAAUAUUAGAUUUAGAAGACGAAAGCAAAGAAAUCGACGAGAGGAUCACUAGCUUAUUCCCUUACAACAUCGAGAUCAAAGCACCUGAAGACGAAACUCAUCUCGGUAGCUGGAAAGGCCAACUUGAAGAGGACAUGAAAGUCAUUAAGUUUCAAGAUACUCGAAACCACAUCGCGGAAGUACUCACUGAAAACGACAUUGAUUGCGAUGACUUGAAUUCGAUAUGCCAUGCAGAUACUAUGAUACUUAGUAAUUAUAUCGAAGAAAUCGUCGUGUCUGCAAUUUCUUAUCAUUUGAUGAAUACCAAAGAACCAGAAUACCGAAACGGAAAGCUAGUUAUCUCAUCCAAUAGUUUGUCCCAUGGAUUGAGUCUUUUCCAAGAAGGCAAGAGUAGCGGGAAUUUGAAGACUAAUGAUUCUAAUAAGGAAAAUGCUGGUGAAGAUAUUAUUGUCGGUACAAAAGCUCCCGAGAACAAAGGUGAGACGGAGAAAUCGGUCCCUGUAACGAAAAAAGAAGGCGAAAAUUCUACGCCUGCAAAAGCUGAAGUUCCUGACAACGAGUUCGAGAAGCGAAUUAGACCCGAGGUAAUCCCUGCAAACGAGAUAGGAGUUACAUUCGCAGAUAUCGGUGCAUUAGAUGAGACUAAAGAGUCACUUCAAGAGCUCGUCAUGCUCCCCCUUAGAAGACCGGAUCUUUUCAAAGGCGGACUUCUAAAGCCAUGUAGAGGUAUAUUACUUUUCGGGCCACCCGGUACCGGAAAAACGAUGCUAGCAAAGGCGAUUGCAAAUGAAGCAGGAGCAAGUUUCAUUAACGUUUCAAUGUCCACCAUCACUUCGAAAUGGUUCGGAGAAGACGAAAAGAACGUCCGAGCUUUGUUCACGCUAGCAGCUAAGGUUGCUCCGACAAUCAUAUUCGUUGACGAAGUUGAUAGCAUGCUCGGUCAACGAACUAGAGUUGGAGAACACGAGGCCAUGAGGAAGAUUAAAAACGAAUUCAUGACACAUUGGGAUGGACUAUUGUCCGGACCGAAUGAACAAAUUCUCGUUCUCGCUGCUACCAACAGACCUUUUGAUCUCGACGAAGCAAUUAUAAGACGAUUCGAGCGCAGGAUCAUGGUUGGUCUUCCAUCCGUCGAGAACCGAGAAAUGAUCCUAAAAACUCUUCUGUCGAAGGAAAAACACGAAAACUUAGACUUCAAAGAACUAGCAACCAUGACAGAAGGAUUUAGCGGAAGUGAUCUUAAGAAUUUGUGCAUCACCGCAGCUUAUCGACCCGUUAGGGAGUUAAUACAGCAAGAGAGAAAGAAGGAAACGGAAAAGAAGAAAAAAGAGACCGAAAGUGAAGGUUCUGAAGAUGCUUCGAAUAAUAACGAUAGUGAAGAACGAGAAGUUAUCUUGAGGCCUUUAAGCAUGGAAGACAUGAAACAAGCUAAGAAUCAGGUGGCUGCAAGUUUUGCGUCAGAAGGAUCGGUCAUGGGCGAGCUAAAACAAUGGAAUGAAUUGUACGGAGAAGGCGGUUCAAGGAAGAAACAACAACUCACAUACUUCCUCUAG